AAAAACAUUAAGUUCUGAAAGGUCAUUUAGAAUGUUUCCCUGGGAGAUUUUAUGGCUGUUCUUCACCUGUUAAUAUUGUUAUUGAUAAUUCUUUACAGAUUAUGAAUCAACAGUUUCUACUCAUGUUAUUUAUUUAUUAAGUAUUUAUUCAUGUUAACAUUUACUUUGUAAACUACACUUCUUACAGGAAUAUAAAUAGUUGCUGAAAAGAACAUUGCUGGCUUCAAAGCAAAAUGAAGUUCUUUCUAUUACUCUCAGUCAUCGGAUUCUGCUGGGCUCAGUAUGCCCCACAUACCAAACCAGGAAGAACAUCUAUUGUCCAUCUGUUUGAGUGGCGCUGGGAUGAUAUUGCUCUUGAAUGUGAGCGAUACUUAGCUCCCAAUGGAUUUGGAGGAGUUCAGAUCUCUCCACCCAAUGAAAAUGUUAUAAUUAAUAAUCCUUCAAGACCUUGGUGGGAAAGAUACCAACCAAUUAGCUACAAGUUAUGUACGAGAUCUGGAAAUGAAGAUGACUUCAGAAAUAUGGUGACCAGAUGUAACAAUGUUGGUGUCCGUAUUUAUGUGGAUGCUGUAAUUAAUCACAUGUGUGGAAAUGGUGUGAGUGCAGGAACGAGCAGUACUUGUGGAACCUACUUCAACCCUGGAAAAAGGGAUUUUCCAUCAGUUCCAUUCUCUGGAUGGGAUUUUAAUGAUGGUAAAUGUAGAACUGGAAGUGGAGACAUUGAGAACUAUAAUGAUCCUUACCAGGUCAGAGACUGUCGUCUGGUUGGUCUUCUUGAUCUUGCACUGGAAAAAGACUAUGUUCGUUCCAAGGUUGCUGAAUAUCUGAACCACCUCAUUGACAUUGGUGUGGCAGGAUUCAGAAUUGAUGCUUCCAAGCACAUGUGGCCUGGAGACAUGAAGGCAAUUUUGGAUAAAUUGCAUAAUCUAAACACAAGCUGGUUCCCUGAAGGAAGUAAACCUUUCGUUUAUCAGGAGGUAAUUGACUUGGGUGGAGAGCCAAUUAAAAGCAGUGAAUACUUUGGAAAUGGUCGUGUGACAGAAUUCAAGUAUGGUGCAAAACUGGGCACAGUUCUGCGCAAGUGGAAUGGAGAGAAGAUGGCUUACUUAAAGAACUGGGGAGAAGGCUGGGGUUUCAUGCCUUCUGACAGAGCACUUGUCUUUGUGGAUAAUCAUGACAAUCAGCGAGGACAUGGAGCUGGAGGAGCAUCUAUUCUUACAUUCUGGGACCCUAGACUGUAUAAAAUGGGAGUUGGAUUUAUGCUUGCUCAUCCCUAUGGAGUUACUCGAGUAAUGUCAAGCUUCCGUUGGCCAAGAUAUUUUGAGAAUGGAAGAGACAUUAAUGAUUGGAUUGGGCCACCAAAUAGUGAUGGAGUAAUUAAAAGAGUUACAAUUAAUCCAGAUACUACUUGUGGCAACGACUGGGUCUGUGAACACCGAUGGCGUCAAAUAAGGAACAUGGUUAUUUUCCGUAAUGUAGUUGAUGGCCAGCCUUUUUCAAACUGGUGGGAUAAUGGAAACAACCAAGUGGCUUUUGGAAGGGGAAACAGAGGAUUCAUUGUUUUUAACAAUGAUGAUUGGCCAUUAUCUUUAACUUUGCAAACCGGUCUUCCUGCUGGCACAUAUUGUGAUGUCAUCUCUGGAGAUAAAGUUGGUGACAAUUGCACAGGAAUUAAAAUUCAUGUUUCUGGAGAUGGGAAUGCUUAUUUUUCCAUUAGUAACUCAGCUGAGGAUCCAUUUAUUGCAAUUCAUGCUGAAUCUAAACUAUAAAGCUCAAAUUAAAUAUAUCUACUGAAAAGAAUA